GCACAUCUCAUCACUACUUUUCUCCUUCCCGGUAAAACAAGCGGAAGUUAAAAUGCGACUUGUCGGGGCGGAGAUCUCGGUUCUGUCUCUCCUGAUGAUGAGCCUUCACGGCGCUGCAGCACUGACUCACUCGCUGAAGUAUUUCUACACUGGAUCCUCUGGACUCCCAAACUUCCCAGAGUUUGUGAUUGUUGGGCUGGUGGAUGAAGUUGAGGUUGUUCACUAUGACAGUGACACCUGGAGACUAGAACCCAGACAGGAUUGGGUGAGCAGAGUCACAGAGGACGAUCAUUGGUUCUGGAACUGGCAGACUGGGCUCGCUAUGAACGCCCAGCGGGAAUUUAAAGGCUACAUUAAAACAGCAAAACAACGCUUCAACCAAACUGGAGGUGUCCACAUUGUCCAGAACAUGUACGGCUGUGAAUGGGAUGAUGAGACCAAUGAGGUCAAGGGUUAUGAUCAGUAUGGUUAUAAUGGAGAAGACUUCAUAUCAUUUGACCUGCAGACAGAGCGAUAUAUAGCUGCAAAACAGCAGGCUUCCAUCAUCAAACAGAAGUGGAAUCAGAACAGAGCUCUGAUAGCAGGGAAGAAGAACUUCCUGACUCAUGAGUGUCCUGAGGGGCUGAAGAAGUUCUUGAGCUACGGGAGGAGCUCUCUGAUGAGAACCGAGCGUCCCUCGGUGUCUCUCCUCCAGAAGACUCCCUCCUCUCCAGUCAGCUGCCACGCUACAGGUUUCUACCCCCACAGAGCCGCCCUCUUCUGGAGGAAAGAUGGAGAGGAGCUCCAUGAGGACGUGGACCUCGGAGAGAUCCUCCCCAACCACGACGGGACCUUCCAGAUGAGGGUUGACCUGAAACUGUCCUCCGUCCCUGCUGAAGACUGGAGGAGGUACGACUGUGUGUUCCAGCUGUCUGGUGUGGACGAGGACAUCGUCACCAAACUGGACAAGACCAGGACCAACAGGGUGACUCACUCGCUGAAGUAUUUCCUCACUGCGUCCUCUGGAGUCCCAAACUUCCCAGAGUUUGUGAUUGUUGGGCUGCUGGAUGAAGUUGAGGUUGGUUACUAUGACAGUGACACCUGGAGUGCAGAACCCAGACAGGACUGGGUGAGCAGAGUCAGAGAGGAUCAGCCUUGGGUCUGGUUAAUGCAGACUCGGAUCGCUUUGGAAUGCCAGCAGGAAUUCAAAGCCUACAUUGAAAUAGCAAAACGACGCUUCAACCAAACUGGAGGUGUCCACGUUAUGCAGAGGAUGGUCACCUGUGAAUGGGAUGAUGAGACCAAUGAGGUCAAGGGUUAUGAUCAGUAUGGUUAUGAUGGAGAAGACUUCCUAUCUUAUGACCUGCAGACAGAGCAAUGGAUCGCUCAAAAACAGCAGGCUGUCAUCAUCAAAGAGAAGUUGGAUCGGAACCGAGAUCUGACCGCAGGGAACAAUGGCUACCUGACAGAUUUUUGUGGUCGAUAUCUGAAUAUCUACUUGAACUACGGGAGGAGCUCUCUGAUGAGAACCGAGCGUCCCUCGGUGUCUCUCCUCCAGAAGACUCCCUCCUCUCCAGUCAGCUGCCACGCUACAGGUUUCUACCCCGACAGAGCCGACCUCUUCUGGAGGAAAGAUGGAGAGCAGCUCCAUGAGGACGUGGACCUCGGAGAGAUCCUCCCCAACCACGACGGGACCUUCCAGAUGAGGGUUGACCUGAAACUGUCCUCCGUCCCUGCUGAAGACUGGAGGAGGUACGACUGUGUGUUCCAGCUGUCUGGUGUGGACGAGGACAUCGUCACCAAACUGGACAAGACCAGGACCAACACGGAGAAGCCUGCUGGCUCCACCUUCAUCAUCAUCAUCAUCAUCAUCGCUGUGGCUGUUCUUGUCGUCAUCAUCGCUGCUGUGGUUGGAUUCAAGGUUCACAGAAAGAGGAACGCCCAACGCUCUUCUUCUUCUUCUGCUUCUACUGACGGCUCUGAGGUCACUGAGGAACUGAAUCCUAUACCUUGAAGUCGGCGUCCUGCACACAGUUUAUGGGUGAAUAUUGCUCUGGAUCAACAAGCGAUGCUCCACAUUCUUCUCC